UGGAGGUGAAAGGGGAAGUGAAGGAGAUUGGGAGCUGCCCUACAUGCUUGGAGACCAAGUUCUCCAAGUUCCCCUUCAACAGUGCAACAGGACCAGCCAAGACCCCACUUGCACUUGUGCACAUGGAUGUGGUGGGGCCCACCAGAGCCCCUUCCCUCUCAGGCAGCCGCUAUUUCUUGACAAUUGUGGAUGACCACACUCGGGCAGUGUGGGUUUACCCUUUGAACAGCAAGGGGGAGGUGGCAGCGGCUGUCCUUAAGGAGUGGAUGCCUAGAGCUCAGAGGGAAUGCGGACACAAGGUGAAGAUGAGUUGCAGCAGCCUUCAAGGCAGGUGGAGGUUGCAGUGUCUGAGGAGGAGAUAUCUGGGGUGACUGAAGAAGGGGGAGCAGCUGAAGUGGAGCAGCAACAGCAACAUGAGUCUCCACCUCGAGUUCCACAGCCGCCUGAGCGACCUAGGAGGGAUGUGCGCCCUCCUGUGAGGCUGACCUAUGGGGGAAGAGGCAAGCCAAAUGUGCUGGAAGCGGCCAAGAGGUUGGUCCGCUAUGUGAGUGCUACGGCAUCAGUGGGAUUGGAGUACAGUGGAGUGAGGCAGCGGUUGCAGAGAGGUGCUGCAGAUGUGAAGAGUGGAGAGAUGCUCUUGAGUUGCUAUACUGACGCUAGCUUCAACUCAGUGAAAGCGGAUGGCACCAGCAUUGGGGGAUAUGUGUGCUUGCUAGGAGGUGGUGCUGUGAGCUGGCGCAGCAAGAAGCAGAAUGAGGUGGGAUUGUCCUCAUGUGAGACUGAGUACAUGGCCUUACACCAUGGGGCCAAGGAAGUGGUGUGGCUGAGGCGCUUGUUGGAGGAGUUGGGAGUUGGUCAGGAGAAGCCGACAGUUGUGUUUUGUGACAAUGAGUCCGCUGUGAAGCUCGCCAAGAAUGCUUGUCAAAGUUGAGGUUCCUAUAGGGAGGGAAUCUUUGUGCUUAUGGGGUUUCCUUGGUUGGGGACUCUCUUGGGACCUUCCCUCUCAUCCCUCUCUUCCUAUCCCAACCUUUCUCUUGCUCCUUCUAAUUUCUUGUGAGAUUCUUGAACUUUGAUUGAACUCUUGAGAUUGAGUUAA